CACUACUGCUACGUUGAUUGUGGUUUGGAGGAGCUGGGCAUUUUGAGAAGAUUAUGACUAAGCAUGCGCGUUACUGGGCGAGAGAUCUGUCGGAGCCGAUAUGUUUGACUAUUAUUAUGACUAAGUAUGUUUAUGAUUUUUGCAAAGUGCAGAUUGGGUCUGUGAAAUUGGUCAGCGAAUCGCAGUUCUAAGACAUUCGGGGCCCUUUUACAAUCUGACCGGCAAAGGUCGGAGUCAUGCAGCAAUGGGAGUAAUUGGUUGGCGGAAGAUUGAUCACUUUCUGUCCAAUCAGAGCGAGGGAAUGCUAAAGUAAAAUAGUUUGGUUGACUCGAGAUCUGUGACAGCUCGCGCGUGCAGAUGAUGGCGGUAAAUAAAAGCCGUAUACAAAAUAAAACCAUGAAAACCCUUAUUGUAGGACACUAACACCACUGUGAAAGAAAGAACAGAAAUAAUCCGUGUUCCGAUGUGUGCCUGUGGUUUGAAGUUGGUUGUCUAAAGGCCGCAGUAAAACCUCUGUCUGAUUCUAAUGGUGACUGUGCUUUUACCAUCACCAGAGGACAAACAGCAGGCUCGUCACUAAUGUGUUCUCUGUGGACGCGGCGGCCAACGUACCCCUGACUGCGUGAGCACAUGCUGUUUCGGCGGCCGCCAUGGACCGCUGCAAGCACGUGGGCCGCCUGCGCUUGGGACAGGACCACUCCACGCUGAACCCGCAGAAAUGGCUCUGCGCCGACUGUGGCACCGGCGAGUCGGUGUGGGCGUGCCUCAAGUGCGCGCACGUGGCCUGCGGUCGCGACCUGCACAACCACGCGCUCGCCCACUCCCAGGCCUCGCGCCACCCGCUGGCCAUGGAGGUGCGCGAGCUGGACGUCUUCUGCUUCGCCUGCGGCGACUACGUGCUCAACGACAACGCCGAGGGCGACCUGAAGCUGCUGCGCGGCGCCCUCUCCACCAUCCGCAGCCCCAACCGGCGCUCGCUGCGCUCCUCGGCGGCGGCGGGCGGAGGGGAGGGCGGCGCGUGGAUGGAGGCGGAGGGCAUGCUGCGGCCGCCCUCGCAGGUGGCGCUGUGGCACCGGCGCAAGGCGCUGCUGGGCCGCGUGCUGCAGCAGUGGCGGCGGCGGCGGCAGGACGAGGAGCGCAAGCGCAGCCGCAAGCUGGAGCAGGAGCGGCAGGAGCGCCGCGAGGUCAAGAGGAGGCUCCUGGGGGACCUGGCGGGCAGCAGCAGCAGCAGCGGCGGCGUUAGCGGCGGAGGAGGAGUCGGCGGAGGAGGCGGGCCGCCCAGGAAGAGCGCGCGCUUGCUCACGCAGGCGCCGCGGCCCACGCUCACCCUCGUGCCCUUCAAGUUCCGCGACCCGCCCGAGCGCCUGCCGCAGGUCUCCUCGCCGCCGACGGCCGCUGCCGCGCGGAGACCCUCGGCGCUGUCGGUCCGGAACGCCAACGCUCAGUCGCCCAAGCCGCGGCGCUACCACGCCUCCGUGACCCCGCGGCGUCGCCGGCUGGCGCCCGGCGUGACGGGCCUGCGUAACCUGGGCAACACGUGCUACAUGAACUCCAUCCUGCAGGUGCUGAGCCACCUGCAGAAGUUCCGCGAGUGUUUCCUGACUCUGGACCUGUGCGAGACCGAGGAGCUGCUGGCCAAAACCAAGACCUCGCAGGGCCUUAAGGGCGUCGUGGUGGGGAGCGGCGGUGGUGGUGGUGGUGGAGGAGGAGGAGGAGGAGCAGGAGCAGGAGGAGGAGGCACCGAUGGAGGAGGAGCAGGAGCAGGGGCAGCAGGAGGUGGGACUGGAGCGGUGCAGGGCGAGACCAGGGGUCCGGCUGCGGGCAGCAACAACAAGGAGUCCCGCUCGUCCUCGCGCCAGCGCAUGUCGCUGUGCCACGAGCUGCACACGCUCUUCAGGGUCAUGUGGUCGGGCCGCUGGUCGCUGGUGUCGCCCUUCGCCAUGCUGCACUCCGUGUGGAACCUGAUCCCGGCGUUCCGCGGCUACGACCAGCAGGACGCGCAGGAGUUCCUGUGCGAGCUGCUGGACAAGGUGCAGCAGGAGCUGGAGUCCAACGGCAGCAAGCGCCGCAUCCUCAUGCCCAUCACCCAGCGCAAGCUCUCCAAGCAGGUGCUCAAGGUGCUCAACACCAUCUUCCACGGCCAGCUACUCAGCCAGGUGACGUGUCUGUCCUGCAAGCACAAGUCCAACACGGUGGAGCCUUUCUGGGACCUGUCCUUGGAGUUUCCAGAGCGCUACCACAGUGGGCAGAAGGCCUCCGGCUCCCUGGGCCUGAAGAGCUGCUCCCUCACGGAGAUGCUGGCCAAGUUCACCGAGACCGAGGCGCUGGAGGGCCGCAUCUACGCCUGCAACCACUGCAACAAGAAGAGACGAAAGACGUCUCACAAGCCACUGAUUCUCACAGAGGCCUGCAAGCAGCUUUUGAUCUACCGCCUGCCUCAGGUGCUACGGUUACACCUCAAACGCUUCCGGUGGUCUGGAAGAAACCACCGAGAGAAAAUCGGUGUGCACGUGGCGUUUGAUCAGGUCCUGAACAUCAAGCCCUACUGCUGCAGAGACUCCGCCUCGGGCCUCCACCGAGAGGGCUUCACCUACGACCUCUCUGCUGUGGUGAUGCAUCAUGGGAAGGGCUUUGGGUCAGGACACUAUACAGCGUAUUGCUACAACACUGAGGGCGGUUUCUGGGUUCACUGUAACGACUCGGUGAUGAACGUGUGCUCUGUGGAGGAGGUGUGCAACACUCAGGCCUACAUCCUGUUCUACACCCAGCGCUCAGCGUGAGGGGGCGGGGCUCAGUCAGCCGCACCGCACCGCCCGCCUCUUUCAACCACCACCAGCCAAUCAAAUCCUGCCCCUGCCAGAGCAGAGAGACAGCCAGCCAGAGACGGAUGGGGACCUGCUGCCUGCAUAUGUACAGACGCACACACACACACACACAGACACGCACACACACACACACACACACACACACAUACACACAAACACAAACACACACAGAGACACUUACCCAGGGCAUUUUAAACUUAGGACCAAGCUCUGCGUUCUGAGCAGGUUUGAGCGUGGGGCGUGCAGGGUCUGGCCCCUCCCAUUCAGAGCCUUUCCCCCCCCACACACACACACACACACACACACCCCAGAUGGACGCUGCUGCAGAGCAGAGUGAGAGGUUGAUGUUCACGGAGACGUUGCACAAGACGUGAGGUUGUUGGUGAGCAUCUGUUAGGCUCAGAUUGCAUCUCUUCACGUUGUCAGAAAGAAAGAGAGGGCAUUGACCGACUUGAUUGAUUGAUUGAUUGAUUGAUUGAUCGUUUGCUCGAUUGACCGAUCGAUUGAAUUAUUGAUUGAAUGAUUGUUCAGAUUUGAGGGGAAAGUUAUGGCGAGGAGUGGCUUGUCUCCUUCCAGAACGAGAGCAGAGCAAUAUAAAAUCGACGUCACGACAGGAAAUCAACAAGCAAAAAUCAGGAAAAAUCUUUGACUUUGUAAUACAAGUUUGUUUUUUUUACUACUCUGCUGUUUCUAUUUGGGUUGUGGCUGUUGUUAUUAAACCUCUGUCGCCAGGUAAUCAGGAAAUAUCACUGCUGUCCUAUCAAUCAUGAAUGGAAGGAGUACAUUUUUAAGAAGAAAGAAAGAAAACAAUGGGUUGUGAUGAUGAACUAGUAAUGAAACAAUCUAAUGACAAUGAAUGUCUUGUUCUUUUGUUUAUUUUUUUGUUUUUGUUUUCUUUUUGUAUGGGGUUGGGGUGUGGGUUGUAGUUUUUUAACUCCAUCGUGAGGGUGGAGGAGUAGACCAGUGGUCAGCUACAGCUGUGGUCAGCAGCUCUGGCCCUUUAGUCCUGUGAUGUGAAAGCACCUGUGAUUACUGUACCGAUCAAACAACAGAUGCCAGAUGACCGUGAUGAUGAUGAUGAUGAUGAUGAUGAUUAAAAGGCUAAAAUACACA